UCCGCGGUUCGACCCGUCAAUUUAUUUCUUUCCGUUCGCCACCCAGCCCGCGGGAAAUCGCAACGCGCGCGCGGUUCACACCUCGGUUUUACCCGGCCGGCGGACACUAUGAGGCGAUUUUCGAACGGGAUUUUCGAGACCUGACGACGCGCGCGUCCGCCCGCAGUUUCAGCGAGACCGAAAAGGCCGUUCGUCGGCCCCACGAAGGUACGCACCGCUCGCGGAGACCGCCAACAACGGCCGCGGUGUAAAUAGCGCGCCGCGCACGGUUUUCGGAAUAAAAACCCGGCAAACAGACAAAUCAAACCCCGUCAGCGGAGCGUUCAGUGCGCGCGCGCGAUCCGAUCCGUUUAGAUGAAUAUGAGUUCGUAUCAAUUCAUGAACUGCUAUACGCAGCAACAGCAACAGGGCCGGGCCGUCACGUCGCCCGUGGACCCGUUGCAGACCGGCAACAGCCCCGGCGGUGCCGGCGGCGGCGCUUCCGCGGCCGACUAUUACGGGCAGGCCGCCCAGGGCGGCGGAGGCGGCGGCGGCGGCGGCGUGUACAACACGGGCCCGGCCGCCGGUUGCUAUUCGCCCCAACAGUACGCGGCCUCGCAGUACAUGCAGCAACAGUCGUCGCCGUCCAUGAUCGACUACACGCAACUGCACUCGGUCAACCACCAACAGCACCAGCAGCACCAGCAGCAACACCAGAGGCUCCAGGCCGCGGCCGCGGCCGCCGCCGUCGCGGGCUCGCAUCUGCAACACCUGCAGCAGCAGCACCACGGCGGCGGUGUCGGCUUGCCGUCGCCCGGCGGCGGCGGUGCCAUAUCGCCCAUAUCGUCCGCGCUCAACAACAACGUCGUCGGCAUGCCGUCCGCGGCCGGCGGCGUCCAGUGCAAGUACGAGGUGACCGGCGCCGCGGCGGCCACGCCGAACGGCAUCAGCUCGCCGCAAGACCUGACCACGUCCGCGGCGCCGCAGCCCGGUUCCCGGUCGCCGCCGCCCGCCAUCAUGAAGUCCGUCCGCUCGUCCGGCGGCCCGGUGGCCGGUUCUUCGCCGGCCGCCCAAGGGCCCAUCUCGCAGACGUCCUCGUCGCCCGCCUCGUCCAUUUCGUCCACGUCGUCCCACGGUGGCGGCGGCGGCGGCGGCGGCGGCGGCAACGGCAACGGAGGCGGCAACGGGCCCGCCGCGUCCGGCGGCAAACAGGGUUCGGGCCAGAACCCGCCGCAGAUCUACCCGUGGAUGAAGAGGGUUCACCUCGGACAGAGUGAGUACACGUCCCCAUUAUUACAUUGUAUUACGUGCGUGUUACGGUAGUAAUUACGUCCGUCUGUUUUUGAAACGUUACGCGAUACGGUCGUAAUGUACGGGGACACGUCAAAUCAUAAACGUUUCGUAUGAACAUGACGCGCGAGCUCAAAUAUCCGUAAAUGGUCGAAUUCAGUUUGUGAAACCAGCGAACUGGUGUGCCCGAAGCUUCGGACAUUUCGAAGUUUCAAUCGUUUUCCUCUAAAAUCGUUUGAUUUCACGGCCGCGCGUUCACGAUAACGUUCCGUAUAAAAUGCAUUUAACCGUGUGCGCGUCCGACGAGAACAAUGUAAAAAGUCCGUAGUUUGUCGACAAUCAUCUAAUAUUUCGCGUCGUUUGGUAUACUCGAAUACUGUUGUUUAUUCAUUUUUUAUUAUUAUCUUAAGAAUUCGAAUCGUAUCGAGUUAUAAGAAAAAUUCUGUAUUUAAAAAAAAAAAAAAAAAAACUAACACUACUUAACACAAAAAGCAUUAUAAUAUAGUUAAAACGAACAGAUUGCUAAUAGGUAUAAAAAUACAGCGGCGUACCCAAUUUGAGGGGGCCCCGGGAGAGCUUUAGCGUCCCCCGUCCUGCGUUGAAAUUCGAGAAGAGAAACCGUUCGCCGACGAAAACACGUAAUAUAUCCGAAAAAAAUAAUAAUCGUCGCAUUAUAUAUUGCACAUUUGCGCCACUUACAAUCUCUCGACCGAGAGAGGUUCAACGGACGAUUUCUGUUCCCACAUCAAUGUGUGUUGCACUCCGUCAGAGUCGAAUUUCAUUUAAAAAAAAAACAAUAACUACACGCAGAACACGGACGAUAUUACCGCGGGAGAAGUACACCGUUCGCGCGUUACCGGAUAAAAGCCGUUCGGCGGGUAUCGUUAAAACGGAUCCGGGGACGCCAUAAAAAUUGUAUCAUACGACUUUAUCGACUUCGUAUUAUAUGUAUUUUUUUUUUUUCAAUUCGAAAAUACGAAAAUUAACAAUUCAAUUCGGUGGGAAAUAUCUAAUCGUUUUCGGUAUUCGUAUAACACAUAUAUUAUACCCGAAGAAAAUUAACUGUUCAAGUAGAAAUUCGUCGAGGCGUACAUUAGUGUAUAGAUUGUAUCUUAUACGUUAUUAAUACGCGCGAUAUACCCGUGGAAUAUAUAAAAAAAAAAAACGCGGUAGGUAUAGGCAAUCGGGUUAUAUUGUAGUCGGUCGGGCGCGGGUAAAAAUAAACCGCGAUUGAAAUCCUGAUAAAAUUAAAAAAAUAACUUUGCGGUAAACGAAAUUAGAAAAAAAAUAUUAUUAACCCUCGCGGCCCGAACGAACAGUCGCGACGUUAUAGAAGAGCUAAAUAGGACGUUUCCUAUUACGCCCUAUAGCGAAAAAAUAAAACGAAACAAAUCGAAAAAUUAAAUAUCGCGGUAGAUCGCGACGAACAGUCGAUAACACUAUUACGCGACCGAACCCGGCAUUUGGGAAUGUUCGGCAAAGGUCGUACGUAUAUUACUGUAUCGUCUAAUGCGGUGGUCUUCAACCGGUGGGGGUCGCGCAGCAAGCUUCAACAUCUGGUCGCGAUAAGUCUUCGGUUUAAAAUAUUUUAAUAUUUUACUAUACAAAAGACAAAAAAUUUCGCAUUUCAAAAGCUCGAGCGUAUUCCGGAAACGUUCGUGCUUUAGUUUUCGGAAAAAGACGAGUUAUAAUAGUAAAUGAACGUUUAGUAACUUUUGAAAAAUCGUUUGACGAGUAAUUGUCUGUAGAUUACGAAUGGAUCCAACGACCGUUUACAGUAGAUAAUAUUAUUUAUAAUGACAAUAAAAAUGUUUACUGCCGUAGGAAAUCAAUUAAACGACGAGACGUUAGACAAUUAGAAGUUUUUUUUUUUCUUGCUUUUAUCGGCUAUUCGCGAGUCGCCAAAACGUACGGUAAAAAAAAAAGUGGGUCGCGAGUCAAAAAGGUCGAAUACCGCAUGCCAAAUAUAAUGCUCGCCCCUUCGACGUCGCUGCCCGCCUUUAUUCUCGAGACGACGAUAUUAUUAGUAUCGACGCGGGCGUGUACGGACGAGCCUUUAGAAAAAAAAAAAAAAACUAAAAACAAAAAAAAAAACACGGGCUUUCGGUUUUCUGUGUCGCGGAUCCCUCGUGGCUUUUACGCGGCAGACGACGCGAUAAUCGUUUCGCGGCGCGGCCCUUUCCCGUGCUUCGCAGGGGACGUUUUCGCAUCGCGUCAAACACGCCGUAUUGUUUUCGCGCCGACCCGACGGACCCCUCCCUUAAAAGAGAAAAGCCACGAAAGAAAAACACAACAUCGCCGUUUCCCUCCCGCCGCGGCAUUUUGUCAACAAUCACGCGCCGCGGUCGCCGGAAACGGUUUCGCGACGUUACACGUACCGAUAAAAGUCGGGGCGACACAAACACCGGCGACUUCGAUCUAAUAAUAUCGCGACGUGCGUAACACAUUAAGGGUGUCGUCGCAGUGUCAUUCACUGUCGACCUCGUCUUCGGUGCCGCCCCGGCGAUAUUUUUAAAAAAAAAAAAAAACGGCACGCAAUAAUGGGGUACUGAUCAGGCGGUAACAAUAAGUAGAUAAUGUUUCCAUACACGUUAUUUUAACUUUUAUACCCGUUCGAUUUCUGUCGGUUAUUCUACAAGUACGCGUUUAUUUCCUUUUUUUUUUUUUAAUUUUAGUUAUUUUAAAACUAGAAAUUAUAAUUGAUGUAGUAAAGUAUAAAUAUGAUAUAAAAUAUAGAAAUGUUUACAACACUUUAAAAAAAAAAAAACACACACACGCCCUACCUUCCUUGUUUCAAAACUGAUGUAAGAAGAUUUGAAUUCAGCAGCCGUAUAAACGUAUAAGUUGUUGUAAAAUACUCAAAUUUUGAAAUACUUAGACAAACGCCCUCUCUUGUCCCCUCCCCUUUUGGGCCGACAUCGAAAUAAAUACCGAAUUCGAAUUCAAAAGCCGUGUAAACAUAUAAGUCGAUGUAAAAUACCCACAUUUAAAUUAAAAACUAAGAAAAUUGCGGAAAAUUGGAUAACGUCACCAUAUUGUUUUCGUAGUAUCUGCAGUUUUGUGCCGUUAGUUUUACUAUUGUUACUGCGGCGAAUCGGCCAUUCAAAGGCCACGAUGACAUUGUCGUUUUUCUUUCUGGAUAAUUUAAUUUUCAAACGAGAUACAAAGAUUUUUUUAAACAUUUCGCGAGAGUCUCGCUAGAAAAUUGAAUUUUUGAAAAAAAAAAAAACACCCCGACGCAUUAAACGCAAACAACGUUUCAAUACCUUUUUUUUACGAGUUUGACGAUAAUACGGAUCCCGGUUCGAUCCAGGCGCGGCGUCAUAGACACCAAACUACCGAUGGACAAUAAUUCUCUUUCGGAAAUCCGUACGGAAUUUCAGCGCGUCGUCAAUGAGUUAUAAUCACGGCCUCCGCAGAUCAAGUUGUGCUGCCGCAUUGGGCGAGCAAGGGUCGUCGCAUUGACCGACUGCAACGUCCGGUCAUAUUAAAACGUAUAGUUUUUUAUCGACAAGGCGGCCGUGUUUCCGCGAUUCGUGUGCGCCGUAACCGUACGGUUCGACGUUCGCCGAUUCGAUACGGUGUUUUUCAUUCCGGAAAAGGCGGCGGCGUGGUGUCGCGGCCACACCGCCGCCGGUCGCACGCCAAAGCCCCGACGGCGGUUUACGGUUCCGAUAGUGCACCCCGCGGUCGGAAUUCAUCCGAUCGUUUUUCGGCACUUAUUGCCGCGCGGCGAACAUUCGAACGCGCGCCUGGUUUCUGGUCGGACGUCGCGUUUGUGCGCGAAACCGUGACCGGUCAAAUCGGUGCGACGAACACGACGGCGACGGCGAGUCGUAUUGCGUUUGCGUCCCGCGAUAUUUGCGAUGCGUCCGAAUUCAACACGAAUCGCGUCCGCAUUACCAAAACCGAACCGAUCGCAUUCGCCCGGAAAACGAUUUUCCGAACAGUUUUCUUCGAAUAUUUCGCGAACGCGAAACAAGCGGCCGAGACCGUUUUGUACCUCCGUUGUCGGGCUAUCGAAAUACCGAAUAAUUUCGAAACGAGUAAUGUAAUAAUAUUGCAAGUAGGAGAUUUUGAUUUUCGCCGAUCACGGUCUACACAUAAUAUACGUACUCGUGCGCAAUUAUGGAACGCAUACGUCCGACGGUAAAACGUUUAUCGUGUAAUAUGUAAAUCGGUUUAGAAAAAAAAAAAAAAAAAAAAAAAAAUAUGUACAGCGCACUCGUUUGUUGUAAAAAUUAUAAUCUAAAUCAAGUCAUCGACACACGACUCCGCACGCCGGGUGUACCGUGUGUGUAAUUCGUGUUUAUAUAGGACGAAGAUUUCGUAUGUCGGCGCCACGGUUCACGGUUUUAUUAUUAUUAUUAUUUUUUUUUUUUUUUUAUUAACCGCCGACGCUAUAAUUAUUAGUGUACGUCGUCGACGUAACGUGUAACGUCGUCGCGUUAAAAAAAUUAUGUUAAAAUACGACACGAUAGUAUACAACAAUACACUGCACGGUCGCCGUAAUACAAUCGCUUCUCGUGGUCGUACGCCAUUAUAAUAUCCGAGAAUGCAUGAUUACGUAGUGAUAAUUGCAGGUCCGACAUCCGCGAUAAUAUCUCCUGCUUUUCAUCUCUCGAAAAUUCGCCGUUCGACGCGGUAUUAUUUAAAGUCAAUCGUCAUUCUCCACACCAUACCCCGGCGUAAACAAACGGACGAAUCCGACGUACGAGUAUGUAGUCUAGAACCAAAAGUCAAAUUUUUCAGAAAACGAAAACAAACGGGAAAGGAUUUUCCUGUACCGAUAGAAACGCGUUUUUCUUACGCAAUUUAGACCGAAAAAAAAAUCAAUUUACACACUCUCAACCGGUACUGCGUCUAUAAUAACCACUAUAGUUUUCUUUCGUUGAACCUAUUAGGGUAUUUUUACUUCAAUGAACCCUAAUCGUUUACCUACGCGGAAGUCGCUUUGAUUCCGUAUAGACCAAUCAACAGUCGCAUCGCGUUAUAACACAUCGAGCGAGGAUAGACGAUUCGAUAUCUCGAUAACUGGACACCUUCGAUACUCGAGACCGGGUACAUCGAAAUCGAGGUAAUUUUUAGUACCGAUUUCAAUAGCACGGCGAUCACGUCGCGAUAAAACAGUAUUAGUUUCGAUAAAAUAGUAUUCUGUUUCACUUUGUUGUUUUACCGUGCGUGUUUUCGCUUCGAAAUUCUAAAAAGCGCAGUUCCGUAACAGCAAAUAAGAUUUACUAUUAAUAUACAGCAGACGCCGCUUGUAAUACUCACUUCGGGACCAGCACAAAGUGAGUCUUAUAACCGAAUGAACCUUAUUAAAGUCGAAGUGGAAAAAGGAUAAAAUGUAUUUGUCCGGACAUGUUAUUUUAAGUGAUUUUGAGUCUAUAAUAAGUGACCGAACCUAUUAUAUCCGUGAGUUUUAUAAGCGGCGUCUGCUGUAUUAAUAUUUUGCGUUUUGUUUGCAAUUUCAAACAAAUAGGAAUCGAUAGUGUAUCGAAAAAAACAAAACGCGCACGUCCGGUUAUCGAAUUCUCGUCGCUCCGAGAUUUCGAUUUGUACACAUUUUAUUGCGAUAUCGGAGUCAUCUGCAGCAUUCGCGACGCGGCCCCCGAGUUUGCGUUUUUCGAGCUGAAAUCGUUCUGCGAUCAUUUUCGCUAUUUUUAUUGCGAUUGCCGCGGUUCCAAUAAAUGAAAUGGUUUUUUUUUUUUUUCCCCCGCGGUGUCGGGGGCGCAAAAAUCGCGCGUUCGACUAUUAUACUGUGAUAAUACGAAUAGUUGUUGCGUACGCGUAAUCGUAUAAUAGUCCGCGGGACGGAAAACCGCGAAUUUCGCUUCCUCUCCUCCCGGCUAUUAUACUCGCGCGUAUUAUUAUUGUUAUUUAUAGACGAGGGGGCGCGGCAGGUGAUGUAGGUUCGCGUUAUAAUGGCCGUUUCCCCCCUACGCAAGCGCGCGCGCGCGCGCGCGAUUUCUGUGACGCUCGAAAAAUCAACCCUCAUCGACCGGCGAUAAUGACGAUUGUAAAAGUAAUAAAAUUAACACAAAAAAAAAGGAAAAAAAAAAACAAGCGAACGAGACCGUUUUUCGAAUAUAUACACGUAUACACGUAUUAUAUGGGUCCUCGGGGGCCGAAAAUGUCGUCGGCGGCGCAGACGAGGGUCCGGGUCGAGGCCGUCGCGCUGCAUUGUGGGACGGUCGCCUGUCAGUCAGUCGGUCGUCGCGUGUGUACAGCGAACGGGACCGCAAAAACACGACGCGCGUAUGGCAAAAAUCGUGUAAUAGUCGCCGCCUUUAUUAAUAAUCGAAAAAAAAAAAAAUAUAUAAAAAAUAAAAAUGUACUACUGCCAACGACGACGACGUCGUUGCGACGGUGCACGUGCGUGUACCGCUCGAAAAGGCGCCACCGAGAGCCGCAAACGUUUUCGAAAAGAAUAUUUGUGGCGGGCAUAAGAUAAAAAAAAAACAUAAUACCGUUUUAUUAAUUUACCGAGGAAAAAACCGUACGAUAAAAAAAUAAAAAACCGGUAAUGCGAUUAUCGUAUCCGAAGACCUCGUAUCGUAUCAUAACCUUUUUGUCUGCAGCCCGAAAGCUCUUCUGCCGCCGAGCGCGAUGCCCGGUCCAGUGGCGACACGACUAACCACACACUGUAUGUUCGGGGGGGGGGACUCUAGAGUCGAUAACGAAUUCAGAAUGGGAAGGGGAGGUUCACUCCGGGAAAUGUGACCGUUUCAUGGACAAUCCAAAGUAUUUCGGGGAUUCUUCGUUCGUUAUUCUGAUCUUUUUUUUUGGUUUUACUAAUCAAUAGAGUAAAAUCCGGACAUUGUACAACGCGAACGGAGAGCGUGACAAAUCUAAUUUUUAUCGACAAUCCUCCGGGGGGCCUGCGCUCUUGAUUUCACGAAGCUCCUAAUGUCGAUGGCGGGACGGGGGCUUCUUUUAGUUUGAAUUUCCGUGUCUGCGCUAGAGAUCGACAGUAAUUAUUGCACUGCCUAUAGGUACGCAAUAUUGUUACACGGCCGUGUAACCGAUCGCACGACGAUAUUUUUACAAAUUAUAAUAAUAUUAUUACCCACGCGAUUUCAUAAUAAUUACGAAAAAAGUGUCAGUUUUUUUUUUUUUUAGAACAUUAACUCCGUCGUGUUUUGUAACUUUUUCCGCGAUAUCAACGCGCGCGGCAUAAAGAAAAAAAUCCGUAAUGACUUUUUACAUUAAAUAUAAUAUUGUAUAUACCUGCACACGCGUAAUUAUAGUCGGACGCCUAAACACGUAUAAUAAUAAUAAUAUAAGUACACGUUGUAACAAACAAAAAAAAAAAACCAAAAAACACGAUAGAAUGUUUUUGAACCAACACCGAACAUUGUCGUUUUCGCGCACACACGCACACACACACACUCACACCGAAUCGAGAAACGUUUUUCACGUCAUUCGCUAAUUAUAGGAUUUUAGAUUUUCAAAGUUUUUCCUUUUUUUUUUUUUUUUUUUUGUGUGCCAUUAUAACGCAUUAUGCGCGCGCGCGUAAAUGUCCAAGGAAGUACUAUGACGUUAUCAAUUGACGUAAGACCGUAGACGGAGUAAGGGUACAUUUUCUGUAGGCGUACCUAUUGUUUUACCAUGACGUGUAAGCUUUUUUUUUCUCUCGCGCCAAAACACGUUUUCGGUUAGUAAAAAUGCUCCGAUUGUUUCACGAAACACCUUAAGCGCGAUACGGUUUUUUGCCCGACAUUACUUUUUCCGAAACAUUUAUCUACUUUCCCUAAAUAGUUUUCCAUGUAACUUAUUAAAAGUUUCUGGAUGAUUGGCCAAGAUAUGAGGGGAAAACGCGACUGACUACUAUAACAUCGUAAUACUUUACCGAGUUCCGCUCAGAAUCAUUUUUCCUAUGCAAUGAUUCAUCGUUAUUUCCGUGUGACGCAAACGAGUAGUGGCGUAAUCAUCAGGAGGGAGGAAAUAAACCGGGUGUCCGUUCUCCCCCUUCGCUUUUUUUUCUUUGAUUAAAGUAUUAUGUACUUACGUUAUUUGUAUCGACUACUACGCCUGAAUGCAUGGUGUUUUCUACUUUAAAGAGGAUCGAAACAUAUUGCCGGAAUACGACGUGAUGAGGUAUGAACGAAAAUUAAGAUACUAUACAAACAUUAUACAUAUCUUAUAAAUAAAUAUUUUGUUUAUUAAAAUCGGUUUACAUCGAACUGGUUAUGCCGGUAGUAAUGCACCGAUAGAUCCUGCAGAGUACAUGCCGAAUGAAACGGCUCCGAAGCCAAGUAAGAGUAGAUUUAUUAUUUAUACCUGGAAAUCGUAUGAUUCGUUUGUCAUUCGUAUCUAUAAUUCUGUCUACUCGCUAUCUACUAAUUGUCUUGUUCAUGUGUUUAAAAAUAAUAUACUUAAUUGUGACGGCCGUUCUUUUUUCUAAACCCUACAACCAUUUCCCAUUGAAAAUAACCCUCAGCCAAUAAGUUCGUGGCCUCCGGUUCUCUACGAAUAUCAAACAUUGUCCUUUCCCCCACUCCCCCACAAGGCCUAGCGCAAAUUACGCGACUGCGAACGAAUAAAUCUACUUACCCGCGGUGGCUUACCAACGACGGUGCCAACAACGAUCGGAUUUUUUUUCAUAUAAAACAUACAACACAUAAAACUACCGUUUUCGAACAGUGGACAAUCGAUGUCGACAGCGGAAUAUAAUAAACGGCGCAUCCGGGUCUAUGCGGGUAGCGUACCGGUUGGGUCCCGGGUCCCGGCAAAACAAAUCGCGAGUCCCCCGGAGUAUUAAAAUGUGAAACGGGAAACGGUUUUACGCGUUUUCGUUUAAACGUUCUGACCCAACUAGCAUAUUGCCUGCCGAAAGCCGGGGUCCGACCGGCAUAAUAUAGUGUCCGAAAUUCGUCGCGACCGAACCGGAGUUCUCUGCACGGUACGAUUUUUCGGCGGACGGACCGGACCAGUGAAGUAAAAUUAAAACCGGCACCGAUCCGGAAUAACGGAAUAAAUCGUGGAAUUGGACUGGACUGGACCAGUUAAUUAUUUUCUCGACUGAAUUAGACCGAGACCAGACUGUGUUUAAACGUAUUAAGACCGAACCGGACCGGGCCGGAACUGUCUGGGACUAAUUUAUCAUGUACGCGUUAUAUAAUUAAAAAAAUGAUAAUACGAUUUUCUGGAUUCGAAAUAGGCGAUGGCCAAAGAGCGAACCGCGCCUAACGAAUCGCGCGAUGGUCGUUCGGUUAUUAACGCGAAAAACUCGAAAUUACAUUAAUUUCAUCGCCGCGUUCGCCCCGGGACCCGCGUGAUAGUUGAUUUUCCUACGUGUGCCCGUCAGGCUGCGUUGUAAUUGUUUCGUUGUUACGCGGCGGACGUGUUCAAACCGGACCGGGGCCGAGAGAACGGUCGGACCGUCCGGACCGGUGGCGAAUUGCGAAACGAACGAGGCCGGAAAGGCCGAACCGCCUCGGGACCCACCGGACCCGAAACGCCGUGCACCGCGCACCUAUUGCCCGUCGAAACCUACAAGGGUCCGGGACCCGACGCCGCCGUGAUAACGACGUUAUCGAUGUCGACGGCGUUGUAAUGAGCGCGGGUUUUGUAUUUUUUUUUUUUUUUUUUUUAAUAACUACAUCGGUCGUAUCAAUACCCGUAACGGUAACAAUAAUUAUUGUUAUUAUUGUCCGAGUCUCUCGUCCAUACGCCUCCGGGCGCCGCCGCCGCCGCCGCCCCGCUCCGCGUUCUACGCGUGGCGUAGCGCGCGCGUACGCAUUUUCGUACGGUGCCCGCGCCGCGCCGAUAAUUGCGAUUGUCGCGCGCGCGCGCGCGCGUCGCGUUACGCGCGGCCGCGGAUCGCGUACCGUCGACGGGGGCGUUUACCGGCGAAACGAAAACCGCGUCGCUACAACGCACGACGUGUGCGCCCCGAACGCGUACGCGUACGCGUCUUCCAGCGCUCGCCGCACGUCAUUGUAAUUAGUCGACCCCGCAUACGUACAGGCGAUGUCGGAACGCGUACCUACACAUUAUUUUAAUUUACGGACCGAAAAACCGUAUGUGUGUGUGUGUGCGCGCUCGUAUAAUAACAAUAAUAAUAAUAAUAAUAAUAUAAAGCAACUCGAUACAAUUAUGAUAAUAUUGUGAAACCGAUGCGCGCGUGAAUAACCGGAUCGCCCGUCGCGGCGGCCGUAACGCAUUUGAACUCCCGGCGGAUGCGCGACGCGGAUUUUUACGGAAGACGCGGGCCAUUUUUUUUUUUUUUUGUGCCGCGAACAAAAAAAAUCAAAAAAAUCACGAUUAUCGUAUACGCAGGUCCGUUCGGAUUUCACGCGAAAUACAUAUUUUCCUUAAAAGAAAAUCGCUUUGAGCGAACGCUUUUCCGUAUCGUACGUUCUGGAAACGUUACGUUGUCAUUAUUUUCGUCUUCGUCAUUUUUUUUUUUUUAAAUUCGUUUUGUCGUGACGAUAGUAACUGUAUAAUAUGAUAAUACAAUUAAAAUCAACUCGUGGCUUACGCACACGCAAACGACCGAUUUCACAUUUCGUAAAUUAUAAAUUAAACGUGUACGCGAUUGUGUGUGUGUGUGUUUGUUCGUGUGCGUGUGUGCGUGUGUUUGUGUGUGUGCGUGCGCGCACGUGGAAGACGGUCCCGCGUCUAUUAUUAAAUCUCAUCGAAACCGCUGAAUGAAAACAGACGGAACGUAACCGAAUUUUCCAUCGGACGGUACCGACGCGACGGUGUAAAGAAGUGAAUCCGAGAGUAAAAAUAUAAUCGUCGUGUCGCGUUAAUGACGGCGGCGGCGCAAUAAUUAUCGCACGGUACAUAAUAUAAUAUUAAUAUUAUAAUGUCGGGACGUCGGUUUUUUUUCCGUACGAUUCUUUUCCUUGGAAACAAAAAAAAAACCCCGACUGAUUUAUCGCGUAGGUCGAGCCGGUCUUGCUUCCCUCCUCCUCCUCCUCCUCCUCCUCCUCUCUCCCCCCCGCUGUUAAUUAAUGUCAUACGAUUCGUCAGCCGUUCUUCCCUCCCCGUUCCGGCCGCCACGUGUAAAAAGGUGUUAUCGUUUAACGCACGGAGGUGUUUCGAAAUUCGCAGAUAUUUCGGGACCGUUCGAAUUCGCGCGGAAUUUUUUUUUUCACGGUUUUUUUUUUUUCUCUCUAAUCGUCUCAAAGAGUUUUUACGCGCUCGCAUUCGCCGCAGCAGGUAUAAAUUAUACGCGGAUUACCUAUAACGAUAAUAUUAUGCGGCGAUCAACACCCGGAAUGCGCACACGAUUUCCGUCAAAACUGCAACAACAACAACAAUAACUCGACGUUAUUAUUUCAUGAUAUACGAUCGGCGGCGGCGGCCGCGACUUGACGAGAGGGACGACCGGGCAACAACCCCGGCAAUAAGAUUUAUUACCGUCGUCGCGCCCAUCGACGUGCAUAACCAGUAACCGUAUACUCGUACACCUCUAAAACCGCGAUUUUUUUUUUUUUUUUUUUUUUUUUUUUUUUUAUCGUUUAAUUCUCACCAGUUUCGGGCGACCGAUCGCGCGUAGUACACACCAAUAAUAUCACGUGUACGCGUGCGCGUUUUUGAUAUACGGUUUACCGUACGAGUAUAGUUUCCAAUAGAAAUUUGUGUUUCUCAAUAGAGCGGCGGUAAAUAGCGGAUAGCGAUAGCGGCGGUCAAAUCGGCCGGCCGAUAUCGUAAUGUACGCGAACACCGUUUGGCCCGCAGUGUCCACGUUAUUUUCACGGUCGCCGUCACACCCGUGCGGGACGUAUCGCGUUUGGAAGUCCGGGAUAAUCGGGACCGAUUUCACGGCGGCUUACAUACUAGUAGACGGGUCUCAGCGCGCUUCGUUUUAGCGAGCGCCUCGAACCGAAGUUUAUCGUAAUUGUUGAAAAUCCGUUUUAUAAAAAUACACGGUUUUUUUUUUUUUUUUUUCGCAAAAAUAACACCGAAACCGGCACUCCGGUACGGCGGUCGGCAGCCCUGUAGCGUCCCGACCACAUCCGUUCGCCGUACCAUCACCGUCGAUAUUUCCGCGUGUCACGGGCAUCCGAAUACACCGAACCCGUACGCGCCCCGUACCCGGACGCGAAAAUAGUCAUCCGCGUCUCCCGGAUAUUAUUAUUGCGUUUCGACACGCGUGUUCGCCGUGCCCGCGGGCAGCGCUACCGUACAGAUUUGCCGGCCGGCAGAGCUCUGUGUCGACACCACGCGACCCCGCGGCACCGUUGCGACAUAGCGGCGCGACGUGAAUCCGGAUUUUCCGGACUUUGACGGGUCCGGGGAUUCGUCCGCGCCGCGAUUUCGCGGGGAAUCCGGCCCGACAAAACGGUUGGCGGGCGCGCGUUACGCCGUCUCACGGUAAACGAUUAGCGGGGCAACACGCAUUGAUACGCGCACAAUACGGUGCGUACGGGCGCAAAAGCGGAACGAGGAUUUAUUCGUUAUUAUUAUUACUGGCGUAUAGGCGUGAGUGGUGUCCAGUACAUUUUGUUUUUUUUUUUUUUCUGUUUUAUUGGCCGCCGCCGCCGCCGCCGCCGCCGCCGCACGUACGCGUUUAAAUCAUUCCGACACGAAUUGAAUCUGACCGCCACGCGCAGCCCGUAAAAAAAAAAAAAAAAACGUCUUCAUCGGGAAUUUAUUUUUUGUAACGCGCGCCGCACUCGUAUUAAUACACACUCGUGUGUGCGCGCGUGUGUAUAUAAUGAUUUUUACAAGCAGUUUAUUUCCUUUUAAACGCUACGUACGCGCGCGUAUACGUUUCGAUAUUAUUAUUAUUAUUAUUAUUAUCAUCAUUACUAUCGUCUCCAUUACAGUUAUUUAAUUAACGCCCGGCCGGGCCGCGGGCGUCGGCGGAGGGCUCGCGGCCGCCGAUAAUUUACGACGUCCUCUCCCCGCGCGGCAUCGCGGUCCCCGCUCGUCGGCCCCUUCAAAAAAAACAACACGCCGAACAACAGAUAUCGUCGUCAGCCGUCGCCGUCGCGAUAUUUACACGCGCGUUACACAGCAAUAACAACAGCGACAAUAAUAAUCGCGAGCGCGUGCGCGUACCGCCAGUGUAAAUGCCGCCUUUAGAGACCCCCGAGCGGCGGUCCCGUCACGGCGUCGUCGUCGUUUUUGUUACGCGAGCCCGAGGACACCUAUACGAACGAAAUGUCCUUUGAUAACGUCGCCGGUAAUUGGGGCCGACCGGUCCGUUUUCGUAUUCUACAAAUCCGUGUUUCUGUUUCCGCGGUUUCGAUAAUUUAUUACGACACGCCGCGCCGCUCCCCUUUUUGGCGCGCCGGUCAAAAGGACGCGCGGCCGCCGCGGUACGCGAAGCUCUGGGCGAGAGACACGGCACAUUUAACCCGACCGAUUUCACUGUCGCGCCGCGUUCCAACACUGCGGCGGCCGUCCUCCGUACGUAAAACGUCUCUGCGGCCCGCUAUGAUGUUUCACGAUUCGCCCACUCGGUUUAUUUAUUUAUUUAUUUUUUUCUGUUCCUAUUUAUUAUUUUUUUUUUCUUUUCGAUCGUCGAAAACACGCCGUCUCGUGCGUACGCGCGCGCGCGUGUCGUUUCUAUAGCUUUCGUCGCGGUGCUACUAUUUUAUUUUAUUUUAUUUCAUUUUUUUUUAUCGAAAAAGCAUAAUAGAUCACGCCGGGGGACGCGUUCGCGACAACAUUAUAACUAUCACGGCGGGAAACUAUUUCCGAAUCUCCGCGUUCACUAGUACGAUAUUGCCGUGCAACCGCGUGUAUCCCCGUCUGCAGUGUUGCAGCGCACGGCCCGCGCACAGACAAAAUAUUAUCCAUAAUAGGCCGGCGGCGGCGAACGACCGAAGAAAAAAAAAAAAAAAAACCAAUACGGUUCGUUUCGUUAUUUGUACGGGAUUUUAUUGACACAAUCGAUAAUUAAUAUGAACGUAAAACGUUAUUGAUUAUCGGUUUGAACUCAACGCGCUCGAAAAUAUUGCGUUUAUCAGCGCGCGCGCCGGUUCGGUGUAACGGCGUUCGUGCUUCUUCUUUCAUUUUUUUUUUUUACUUUCCUAUCAGUAAACCGAAACAAAAUUUACAACAUUAUCACUUGAAAUGGAAUUCCAGCGAUCAAUCCACCUGCGUUAGGAAAGCUUGCGGCGGGGACAGACAGUUAUUACAUAUUAUGUUAUAGAAUGGAAAAAGAAAUGUACCACAAGUUUCCAUAUCGUGUCCAAAUAUACACAAUGAAUCAACGUACAUCUCUAAACAGAUAGAGUUACGUACAGAACUAAUUAACACAUAGCUUCUGACUACAUUAGAAUUGAAACGAAAAACCUAUUACAAGAGCAGAAAAUUGGCAAGACAAACGUUAUUGUAGGCGACAAUAUAACUACAAAACGUUAUUUGUACACGUAUAACGUUUUAUACUGGAAAAACGGACGUUUCGUUUAUGCGAUUUUUAUCCGUCUGAACGGGCGAUAGCACAUGUGUACAAUUUUUUUGAUGCAACUCGCCAAUACGUUUUCAACGGCACGUCUCUUUUCCUCCUACUACGUACAUACAUAGGCGGGGUUAUCGGCGGAACAGAAAAAAAAAAGCGCUCGCGCAUUAAUAUAUAAUAAUAUGCAGUGUUGCAGAGAACAACGUUUCUUUUAAAAAAGAAUUCGUUCCCGUUCCUGCUGCGAAAUAGGAACUCUCUCCCGUUACUCGUUCCUCUUUUUAUUAUUAUUAUUACUCAUGUCUAAUGUAGUCCAAAAUAUUUGUUUUAUAUUAUUAAUAUGAAAUCAUUUAUUAGUUGCUGACGUUGUGAUAUCAACAUUGAAUGAUUUAUAGACAAUAUUAUUACUAAUACAACGCGCGUUUCAUUUUAUUUUAUUUUUUUCAUAAUAGGAGGAAUAGACAUUUGCGUUCAUAUUCCUCACAAACAGGAAUUCGUUGGCGUUCCUCGUUUCUAUAUUUGUUAGGAACGCCCAUUCCAACACUGAAUUAUUAUAUAUAUACCUAUAAGUAUAAUUUAGCAUACAAUAUAAUUUUGUUUAUUUAGAUAAUUCCGUUAUAAAUUGAUAUCGAUCCCAUGAUUUUUUUUUAAAUAAUUUUGAUGCGUUUCCGAUGCACUAUUAGCAUCCAGUUAUAACGAAAACAAUUUUUUUUUUAUUUCUAUCUAGAUAUUCUAGAUAUAUAUAUAUAUUAUUUUUAUUGAUCAUUAUCUGGAUAAUAACUGUAGCGAUUAUCCCUUGUCUUUAUCUAGAUAUUUUAAAAUGCAUCUUUAUCGUACAACGCAUUUCAUACCUGUAAUAUUAUUAUAGUGUCCGGUAUACUUUUCGAUACUUAAUUAUUAUUAGUAAAACGACGUUCAAACAAUACUAGGUAUACUAUUAUAAUACUAUGCGAUUUCACUUGACGAUUACGAUCUUCAAGAGUGUAUAUUAUAUUUUUAUUUCUCAGUUUUUCUAACGAUUUUUUAAUGCGAAAUACUUACCGCGAAUCGCAUUACUCUAUACCAUAAUACAUCAGACGCGUAUACGCUGAAAAACUUCAACCCUCGUGUGAACGCAAUUGUACAACAAAGGAACACGGACAUAUUCGCGUGCCGCAUAGAUAAAUACAGCGACAGUCGAGAUCCAAGAGGUCCUCGAGUCUUGAAGGUCCCAAAGUACUCGUUCAGAUUUUUAAUCAAUUCAUUUUUAGCCGUUGCGAAUAUUCGUGUGUUUUAUAAUUGUUAGGGCCGGGCCGAUACCGAUAACCGCUAUGAAUGUCGGCCGAUACUAUGUCGGUAUAUCGGGUGUAGGUUGUUUUUUUCCGAACCGUUAGUAAAACCCACACGGUGCACAGUGCAAAUCGCGUAUCAAUUUGUUUGUCAUGACGGUGCUUGUAGCGAUAAUACACGGUGGACGCUCCGAACGAACUCCCGGACACGUUACGAUUUGCACCGGUUUUACGUAUCGGCAACGUAUUUUUUUUGUUUUUCUAUAAAAAAAAAAGCGUUAUCGGCUCUAGUGUUUGUACGUACGGCGUGAAUAUCAUCUGUUAAACCCGUUACCUGUACAAUGUUUGUUACCGGCGGCGUGCCCGGGAAUUUUCGACGGGAGGGGACGCAGCAAAUAAAAAUCGCGAAUAAAUGGUAAAAUCGUCUUCUCCACGCAAUUCGACUGUGUGCGAUGGGAAACGGUAAUUUAAAAUACGGAUUCUAAAAAAAAAAAAAACCACGCCGAUUUCUAAUCAAUACGUCGAGCUUUUCUCCGCUUAACUCGGUCGACAUAUUAUUUGCGUUUCGAUUAUUAACGUAUAUUACUCGUAUUGUAUUUCCAAGCCGAUGUGAGGGGAGUGGGUAUAUGUAACCCGACUUUUCAUUCGUAAAACACAGUACGCGCAAUGUGCGCUCUUAUCGAUUAUCCACGUUUUCAUAUAAACUCUGAACGAAAUCGAACCGCGCAGAUUUGUCGACAUUGCACUUUUGCUCGGCGUAUUUAAACUCCCUUUUGGAAUUGGCGUUUUUGAAACCUUAACACGCCGUAUUGUACAGUCUCGUGUUACACGGGCCGCUCGUGUAACGGCUGCGCUCGUGAAACUCGCGAAUUCCGAUUCGCCGUGUAUCACGAACGCCCCCGCAGCUCGGCGUAAAAAAAGAGCGCGCGAUACGGGAUUUUCAACCGGGAGAACACCGCGACACGUCCACCACUGUCGCUGCCGCGCUAUGAUUGUUUCUCGUCGGUGAUAACGCGCGUGUCGUUGUACGCCCCCCGGGUGGGGGGGGGGUAGGGGUGCGUCGCGCGCAAUUAAACGGCGAUAGAUCGCGCGGCGCGGCGUACGAGCGGCCGUUGUUCGCGCGCGCGUGUUCUGUACAAUUUCACGCGCGUCCGUUUAGCGCAACGACCACCGCGCGCGUUAUUAUUGUUAUUGUUGUCGGGCGCGCGCGUGUAUAUAGCGGAAUCGCCGACCGAACGUUUCAGCGCACGACGCGGCGUUGGACGGUGUCCGCGUCGGGCGAGUGGCGGCGGCGGCGGCGGUAAGCGUGUACGUUGUGCGCGUUCACCGUCGACGCGCCGGGAGAGGACGCCACGGGAAUACGCCGGACCGGACGUCCGUGACGGCGGCGGCCGCACCGUUCCGUACCGCGAAAGUCCGUGCAGGCGUAGGAGGUGGCGGCGGUUUUUUUUUUUUUGUUUUCGGCGGGAAAAACGGAUCGCACGAGAAAACCGCCGACGCGCGUUAGCGUUGCACGGAAUCGGCCGCCGUCGUCACACGCCCGUUACUUACCGCCUUUCGCGAUCGCCGCGACGACGUUUACGGGCGUUUGUCUUUUUCGUUUUGGGUUUUUUUAAAUAUUCGAGGGCGUUGUACGGACACGCGAGUGUCUGCCCGCACGGAAAAACGCGCCGGGGACGAAAUAUCAUUAUCAACGCGUUUUUGGUCCUCCGUGAUGGGAGGGGGGGGGGUGAUGGUGAAGGACUCGAGUCGAUUUCCCGUGCUGCAGUACACGCGAGCGGAACGAUACGAAUUCCGGAAACGGCUAAGCGACCACAGCCCAAUCCGAAUGAUCUAAUCCGAAAGGUCUUGCUCGCGGGUUUUCAUUUCCGAAUUGAAAACCCGAAAUGUCGCGUAGCCGUCGUUAAAAAUUUUAAGAACUAUGCGGCUACACUGUCGGGGGAAUCUAAAACGUUUUUUUAUCGAAUCAACGUAAUACCAUGCCGGGCCGGAGAAUCGGUAUUUUUUACGGCACGGUAAACGAUUUGGCGAUCGUUUUUACCGACCGAAAAACGCGUUUUCCGAGAAGAAAAACUCACGCACAUCCCAUUAUGAAACCUCGCCACAUUCGCGGAAUCCGUAAUAUAACAAACAGUUGGUUUUUCAUUAAAAUAUUAAUAUUAAAUUAUACGUGUACAGACGCGCGCGAAACCGAGUAAUUCGAUUUCUUGAAAUUUAAUUGCGGGAAUCGAGCAAGCGGACAAAAAAAAAAAAAUGAAUAAUAAUAAUAACGCUCUCGUACGUAUUAAACUUUUGAUUACGUCUAUAAAAAAUUAAUGCAGUCAAAACCAUCGAAAAAUUAAUACGUUUAACGCGCCAAGUCGGACGCGGUGGCCAAGUUUUACAGUCUAAUCGGCUUAUUCGUGAUUCGUUUUAUUAAUAGGUAUACAUAUAGUGUAGAUAAACUAUUAUGCAUAUCAUUAUAAUUAAACAGUUUCCGGUUGACCGUUUUUUUUUCCGAUUACGAAGAGACGCGUCGCCCGAUUCGCAAACUCUCUUCGAACCAUAAUAGUACGAUGGUAUACGGUCAAUGUUGAAAACCGGAUAAUGUCGAAAUUUCGUUCGGUAGAAGCAAUUUUUCGCUGUUUGGUUUAUAAUGUCAGAACGAAUUGGCCUGUUAUCAAAAUUAUAAAGGUACGAGCGUUGACUGUGUCAACUGUACCGUGGGGUUUUUUAUUACCUUUAAUUUUUAAGCGACACACAAACGUUUUUGAAUCGUAAUAAUUCGCGUGAUGCUCGCGUCUCGCUUGAAAAUUAAAAUGUCGAAAAAAACCCAGCGCACAAACCCCGGGCAAUGUAUUUACAUUUUAUUUACACCUGUAAGUUUGAUAACAGGCCAAUUUGCUUUAACAAUUAUUUAUAUUAACAGCGCGAAAUUGAAUCCGCCGAUCUUCCCCCCCCCCUCUUAAACUUAACGAAACAUGCUAAAUACGCAUUUCGAAAGUUCAAUUUUUAAACACCCCUGCAUCGCGUAGAAAGAAUUUCUAACUUGGUCCGCCAUACAAAUUCAGUGCAUGUACAGAGUAAUAUGCAACUCCUAUAACUCCCGAGCACUAAAUUAAUAAGUGUGUACGAGCGAUGAUGAAACACUGAGGGAUGCAGUUUUCUCCGAAGCAUAAUAUAAUAAUGUAUUGUAACGUGAAAAAAUAACCCGACGGAGAAAAAUUACAUAUUAUAAUAAUACCUACGUGUACACGUAUUCCCGCAGUCGUGAGAAAAGCACGACGAGAACGGCCACGGAGCGUAUUAUACACAAACCAGACGGAAACUGCGGCGUAAACACCUGUGCGGGCCCCGCGAGAAAGACGAGCUCCAUAUACGCGUGUAGACAGCGUGUAGUAUACAGGGUGAUUUUUGUUUUUUUUUUUUUUUGUUUUAUCCGGCGUUUAUCUGCUGCAGCUACUGCGUAUAAUAUCGAUUUUGGGAUUUUUAUCCGGACGUCUCGUAACAGAAUCGUUCGAAACACGUUUAGCGUCGCGUAGGACCCCUGCGUCCCGGUACUCGACACCGCGUACGAUUCUCAUCCGUUUUCUAGUCGGGGUUAGCCUUUAAUAUUUUUCGAUUUAAAAAUGCAUUUCGCCACACGGUCAAAACGAUUGCGAUUCCCGUUAAUCGUUUUGUGCGCCACUGUUGUUCUACUGCCCGGCACACGGUCCACUUGAUAUCUUAUUUCCCUGAGAUCGUAGUUGUAAUGCACGGAGGUUUUAGAGACCCUAAAACUUGCCGAAAACAAGCGUGGUGUUAUUGGCCAAUCGACCCCGUUUGACUCGAUGCGGCUAAAGAUCUGUUUUGGUUACGUUAUUUCAACCGCAAUUCGCAAAUAUCCGUACCCUCGAACUCCCCGAAUACACCACGAAACAACGGGCAUUAACUAUUGAUUUUCAAACGGCACCCGCCGGUACUUUCAAAUUCGACAAUUUUUUCCAAAAAAAAAAAAAAAAAAUUGCAUAGGAGUAACGUCUAUGUUAUAAACUUUUUUAAUUCGCACUCGUUCAAGUACCUCGUCGAGUGUUUAUGACGAAGACCUUGACGAAUCUGCGUGUUUGAUAACGGAAGAGGGUUGGCCAUUCGAAUGUCGAUACGGUUUGGUUAGAUUGGGUUAGGCCGACAGGGUGCGUAUACGGGGCGAUAAUAUUUGAAAAAAAAAUAUCCCCGACGACCGCGGAAAACAAUUGAAAUAAACGAAAUUUGACUCGUGUCAAAUCGCGCGUAAAAACAAUCGCUGAGAUAAAACAAUAAAAAAAACCACCCUGUAUAUUAUACAUUUUUUACACACACACACACAAUAUAUAUAUAUAUAAUAUUAUAAUAUAUACAAUAUUAUUAUAAUAAUAAUAUUAGAGAAGAGUUUAUAGCGUUACUGCGUGUAAUAUAUUAACGUGUUGCCGCGGCCCGCGGCAUUCGGUUCGCGUGAUUUAUGUUUUGUAUAAACGUCGAAAUCAACGGAUUUUUGUCUUUUUGGCGGCGGCGACAAAAGAAAGUUAUAAUUAAAACUUUAUUCACCGCGCGAGAGCGCGCGCGCACGCGUGUCUUUCCGUGUGUGAUGCAGUACAGUGUUCUGGCAAAGUAUUUUUUUUUUUAAUUUUUUUUUUUUUUCCCCGUCUUCUGUCUUUUAAUUUUAAUAAUAUUACAAUAUAUAUAUAUAUAUAUAUUUAUACGAGUAUGUAUAAUAAUGAUAAAGAAAAAAAAAAAACCGUUCAAAGAUUUUUAUAUUUUAAGCGCGUUAUAUUAUAUAUUAUGUAGCAUAUAGAGUGUGUUUUGUGAAAUGAUUUAUGUGCCGAACAGAGGCGUGGGCCUCCUUCCUAUAUACCUAUACGUACGACGACUGUGUUAUAAUAGUAGUCUCCUUUCUGUAAAAAAAAAAAAACCUACUACCGCGCUAUUAUAUUAUUAUUGCCCGCGCAGUGUCCGCCGUAUUAUAAGAGAAUAUAUUAUAAUUUUUUUUUUUUUUUUUUUUUUUUUUUUUUUAAUUUGUUUUACAUACAAGUAUUAUGCGUGUAGGUAACGGCGUUCGAGAUAAUAGAGACAGACUAUUUAUAGCGCGAUCCCCGAGAGAUUGGACCGCGAAAAAUCGACGGAAAAAUAUAUUUAAAAAAAAUCGGAUGUAUUGCGAAUUCAGCCCUCGGAUAAGUUACGGGAGUUGCGUAUUUUUCUGUAUGCGCUGAACCGGCGUAUAGCAGAUCGAGUUAGAAAUACUUUCUGUUUGAAAACUUUUAAAAUGCAUUUUUUUGCAUAUUUCAUUAAGUUUAUGGUGGGUGGGGGAGGGGGGGUUGAAGGCAUAUUUCGCCGGUUUUCAAAAUUCAAUAUUUUUUAACGCGAUUGUUUAUUGUUAUUUCUUACCGUCUCAGUCUGUUAUCAAUUUAACGACAACGGUGCGAUCCGUACGCAUUUAAUCUUUACCUUAGUUUUGCGUACAAAUAACAUGACACUACACGUUUUUGAAUAAUAAGCCGAAUGAUUUGUUUGCAUAUUUAUUACGUUUUGUCACGCACAUGUUAGAAUUUGUUCGUGCACAGUUUGCCUUUAUCAGCUCCUUCAACUCUCCCGAGCUCUGCAUUUAUAGUACUGCACUUUGCACCGUCGUCGCGGGUAAGCGUACACGUAUACGUGUACGAGAAAUAUUCGGGAUGCGAUGCAAGGGCCGUUCGGGGUAACGUCGAUUGUUCACGUAUAAACGCGAUCGAAAACCGAUUCUGACCGAUUCGGCCAUCCAUUACCGCUGAGCCGCGUAACUCUAGGAGACGGACGGAAAUAACAUCCGAGACGUACGGUCGGUUGACGUACAACUCGGACGACGUUUCUCAAACGUGACGUACGCCGGCCGCUUGACGAAAAAUACGCGUUUUUCACGGCCGGGCGUGCGUUUUUCGCACCGAUCCUAAACCGGGUCCGCGGUCCGAAGCCAGAAACAUGCAAAUCGGCGUGCUCGCAAACUAUGAAUUCUGCAGGACCGGAGCGAACGGUUCCGCGCGCGCGAUGAAAAUGCUGUCGUCGACACGCGUGCAAGAGAUCUGACAAAAAGCGUUCGUCGCCGCGCGAUUUGUUUCGUCGGAUUGUGUUCUUAACACUUCGGUCGAACGGUAAUUAAUUCGGUUAUUUAUGAACGGCGGGUUUUUUUUUUUUUUUUCACAUUUAACUCGCGUCAGCGCGAGAAUUUUAUUAAAUUUACAGUCUAUGCACUGCGAACCGGCAACAGUUUUUACAAACUGAAAAUAAGACUUUUACUCGGUGUUAAACCGGCGCUUGACGGCGCCGGACGCGCGUUAACAGUUUUUCUUUUUUUUUCUUCAAUUAACCCGACUUAAUAUUAUACUAUCGUUAUUACAAGGCCUUGAAAAAGAUAUUUUUCGCAGAACAUCGAGAUUCACAGACGAUACCGCGCGUUCAAAAAAAAAAAAAACUGUUUUAUUAAUAUUUAUAUUCUGAGCGGAACGAGAAAUAUCGAACCAUGGUUUUUUUUUUGUUUUAUUACAAUGUUAUAGGUGUCUGUAAACGACCUUUACCGUCAGAAAACGUGCUCGAAUCGAAAAAUCCCAAGGCGCUUUGCCGUUGCGUUUCGGUUGCGGGCGUCGGGUUUUGAUUUUUUUUUUUUUUUUUUUGUCAACUGUGCAAUGACCGAAAAAUGUUCACAGAACAAUAUUAUUACAUCGGUAUUUUUUUCUAGACGCUGUCAAAUAAUUGUCAAAACUUUUCUCAAUUUUCUCAAAAAAACUCGAUUUUCGAACUGUUUUUAGGCGUUUUCGUGUUUCCCCGCGAGUUACGACGGCAACGUUAACAUCGUGGCUAAAACGUUUCGUUCGUCGUGCGGCGCAGUUUACCGUCGGACGACCUUCAGGAGUGACCGGGGGUAAACGUGGUUUUUUUUUUUUUUUAAUUUUUUACCGUUCGCCGAUCCCGGCGGCGACCUAAUUGUCGAAAAAAAGCGCCGAUCCGAUUGUUGUGCCGUACACAAUAUCGCCGAAACAAUAUGCGGUUCGGUGUACCUAAACUGUACCGUACGCGGGUCGCCGGACGCCGCAUCGCCGACACACGUGUGGGUGAAAAACGCGGUGUAAUUAAAAAAAAAAAAACAACAACAAUAAACCGUGAUUAUAGAAAUUUAGGCACUCGCGUAUGUUCCGAUAAUAACCCGACGGGAAACCGUAUCGAAACGACAAACGCAACGACAACAACAACAACGAGAGAAUCCGGACGAAAUAAUAAAAAUCAAUUUUCUCCGGCGGAAUUUUUUAUUGUUGUUAUUUUUUUUUUCCUGUUUUUUUUUUUUUUUUUUUUUUUUUGUUCGUUUGACAUCCCGACCUCCGCCUGUAUACGCGUGUGCGUGCGGCAUACGCCGCGCCGUUCGUCCCUUGCCGAGAGUCGCGUAUACGCACACGGUGCGCUGCACGGGCGCGCGCACGAAAUCUCACGUUUGAUUUACGAUCUCCGGGCGUGUAUCAAUUAAACCGUUUCCCUUUUGGCCUGAAAAAAAUAAAAAAAUAAAAAAAAAUAAAUACACACACACUCGCGCGCACGCGCGACGUGCGCACACGCGACGCGAGGGACCGCACGGAGGAAAAUCGACGCGCGCGCCGGCCGCCAAUUCCCAUGGCGUUUUACCGUGCGCCGCCAAAAAGUCCGCGAGAUCUAUUAGCGGUGUACAGCGCGGCGGCCCCGCGGGGAGGGCCGCGGCCCGCGGGUAAACGCGCGCCGGGCCGCGUCCGCGGGGCACUCAUUCUUCGUUAUUCUCCGGUUCCCCAACGGCUCACGCGUACGCGCGUGAGAAAACCCGUAAAUUUCCCGGGCCCUCUGCGUACGCGCGGGGAAAUCCGCCGGUUUCCGUUGCGCGGCCCGCGACGCCGAAACGACUGAGACGUCUCCGGGCGGCGGCGGCCGCGGGCCGAGUGACAGGCCGAGGAAUCCCGGGCACCCAAUCUAAACGCCAUAAAUUUCUCUCGGGUCGACGCCGCGCCGGCGGUGGUUUUUUCUCUCUCCCUCGCUCGCUCUCUCUCCGUCUCUCGGCCGCCGUCGUCGUUGCGCGGCGCGUAUUCUUUUUUAUUUUUAUUUCCCCUACGCGUACUGUAUAAACAACAUUUACCCCCGUCGUCCCUACUCGCCGCCCCCUCCCCUCCUCGAAAUAACAAGAGCGUUUAACCUUUUUUUUUUUCUUUUUUUUUUUUUAUUAUUAUUAUGUCGUCCGCGACGGUGCGGUGUCGAAAAUUGAUUUAAAACACACACGCCGAGCGCAACUGGUAGUCGCGGCGCGCGCGCCGAUAAAUAACGAACGGAAUAACGUUCGUUGUUUUUACUUUUUUUUUUUUUUCUCUCCGCCGUUUUUCUCGCGUGUUAAUACGGCACUAUUACUGCGCGCGCAUUAACACAAUAACGACGGCGAUAUUGUUGCGUACGCGGCGCGCAUAAAAUAUCAUUUAAAAAAAAAAAAAAAUAAUAAUAAUAAUAACCGUUCGUACCGUGCGUAUAAUAUGAACGCGCGAUAUUUAAAUAUUAUCAAAUAUGAUUUGUGGCUCGCGCGCGGCGGCGGCGGCGGCGGCGGGCGGCUGCUCGACGGGCGAAACGGGACGCGCCGCGUGAUUUACGGGCGCGUUUCCACGAAAACCGGUAAAACCGGUGGCGCGCGAUCGCCCGGUAAUUAGCGUUCGAUUAACGCGCGCGACGCGCGGCCGCUUCGGGGGCCCCGCGCGGUCGCACGGAUUUUCGCCAGAACGCAGACAAUAAAAAAAAAAACAACAACAACAACAAUAAUAAUAAUAACAAUAAUAAUUACGUAUUGUUUUUUUAUUUUUUUUUUCUUUCUAUAAUAUACGUACACGACGACGGGCGCCGUAUCCCUACGUAAAUCGUUUACGUUCGCGCGUAACAAUAACUGUUCGGCGAAAUGACGCACCCGUAUUGUACAGGGUGCGCGUGUUUGUCGCGGGAUUUUUUUUUUUCCAGGCGUAUUGGAUUCACAGCAGCGACCGUUUAAAAGUCACUCGUGUACCUAUUAUCGGCGGUGUUUCGUUAAAAGCAGGGGGUGUAACGCUGCGAAUCGUAAAAUACGUUUUCGGAGGUCAAAAAAAAAAAAAAAAGAUCUGAUAAAUUAAGAACGUAAACCGGAAAAAGGGCGUACGCAGAUACUGGAAAUUAAAUUGGUAUAACGUCGAUUAAAAGAUAUCCGAUAUCAGACGCCCUUUUUAAGUAUAAUUAAAUCGACACUGAACCGUUUUAAUCGGCGUACACCACAUUCAGUAUGCACGUAUAUAACAUUGUGCACGAGUUUUGUACGAGAACUCGAUUGUUUUCCACGAUCGUUAAAAACUAUUUUGCCGUUUCUUUGCAAAACAGUUUUUAUUUUUUUGCUUCCCGAAAAUAAAAGUGAAAUUUGAUAAAACACCGUCGAUGUAUUAUUAUAUUUAAACGUUUUUUCGAAAUUUUCACCUCCCCCCCCUCCGGUUAAUACGGAAAACAAACGUUAACCAGUGCCUCCCAGUUUUAACGGCCCCCAUUCGAUUUCCAUAAAUUUUAAUGGUAAAAUGCUGAAACAAUUUCCAAAUUGUGGAAAGACUGAAAAAAAAAAACCUUAAUCAAUUUUACACUUUCAUAAUUUUCUUACAUAAAUCUCCGGUCCUAGGGAAGAAAGACUGAAGUCGUUUUUCUUUUAGGUUUCAACACAUGGCGUAAUUAUUGCUCAAUGGCUAAAAUGCUAAACGGCCCAACGGUCGUGCUCGUGGUAUUUAACCAAUCGUUCAAAAUCGCUAUUAACUAAUCGUCAACAUUUACAGUUAAAAAAGCCGAACAAUUCUCCGACAGCAAAUCCGAUAGGUCAUAAUUUUCGGGGCUUGCGCACGACCCGUUUUUUUUUUUUUUUUUACUAUUGAAAUCACGAUUUACACGGUAAACUCUCCUGCCUUGUGUAGUAUCUCGCACGCAGUUCCCUCGAGUCAUGACUCGCAUCACGCCUUUUUCCCAAACAAAAAGUCCGUCGUACAGUGUGACUUGUAAGACGGUUUCAAUGUUCCGCGUAACACCGUGUUGCGUGUGUACACUUUUAAAAGUGAAAAUCGACUUGAGCCCUUCUGCACUCUAGGACCGGAGAGAUGACCGCCGGAUCGUUAUCACUCUGUAUAUACUUGUAUCACAGUGCUGGGCGAAGAAUUCGGUUUACAUAUAAUGUUUUAUUUUUAUUUUUAUUUUUUUCGAUUUCUCGUCCAUCUCUCUCACUCUCGCACUCUCUCCGCCUAUCCGUCUCUCCUUCCCCCGAACGUACACGUCUAUCCUCGAACCGCCGCCGCACCGUUAUACCUUUAUACACAUAAUAUUAUGUUGUACGUCGUACGAGUACGGACGGCCGAGAGUCGGUUGAUGGUGAUUUAUCGCGUGUGGUUUCGUGUACAUGUGUGUACAUGUGUGUGUGUGUGUAUGUGUGUGCGCGCGCGCGUGUGUGUGUGUGUGUAUAACGUUGCGUAUAACGCAAUAAUACAGUCGCACAUUAUUCAUAAUCCGGGCGGACUUAUAGAGGCGUAAUACCGUAAACGAUUUGGAAUUUAACGUCGCGCGCGCGGUCGGAAUAAUUUCAUUUGCGAUCUUAUAAUAAUUUUCGUUUUAUUGCGUUACGCGCGUGCAGUAUUUCGACGGGGACCCGAAAACCGCGCACGGGCGGGCCAAGAACACUGUCGUCCGCGCACGGUACACACUGAAAACCCGACGCUAAUCGUCCGUCGUUCGGUUUCGGGGGGUGGGGGGACGGUGAAGGGGGAGGGAGAGGGGGGCGUUUUUAUACAAAGACAAAACUGUUGGCGGCGAAAACGUAUGCCGUUUGCGGCUACGUGCGGUGGCGCCGUUUGAGGGGCGGGGGGACGGACGACCCGCACAGUAGUCCCGGUCAAAGCUGCACGGCGAUUCGUUCGGAAUUUGUCGGUUUUAGAAGUCGGUAAUACAGACUCGAUCGGACGUAGACGUUUCUCGGUUUGGCGAUAAAAAAAACAUUUACGAAUAUUAGCUAUAAUACUGCCGAUGGGCGUGCCACUUUUUCAGAAUGUAAGUAUGAAGGGGGGGAGGGAAAUCGUUGUAGAGCGAUUCGAUUUGUAUCCGUACACAACGAUAAACCCCGACGCUAUAACGAAAAGCGAUUCCGAUUCUGAGUAUAUCAUUACUCGUACACUUUUCGCGUCGUCAAAAUAUAAGGUAACCCGGAAAUCGGCAAAAAUUUUACCGGCCGGUUGAUCUCGUUUAUUAUGAAAUCUACAAGGAAAAUAAUAAUAGAAAAAAAAAAAAAAAUGGUGACAUUUUUAAUUCACCGACUAGACCGAAACUAAUCCUACACGUAAGUUCCUGUAAAGUUUACGAUCGGAGCGAGAUUUCUCGCAGAAAAGUUUUUUUUUUACAAAUUAAAAAAAAUAAAAAUAAAACCGCACAUCAUAACGUAGCAAAACCGAUACGUUCCUCGCUCCGCUCAGAAUUUAAAUGACAACAUUCUUUCCGUUGGCGAAAACUUUGCCCCAGUCGAACAACGCCGAAAUGACGUCACCGUAGCGUGUCGGUUUCUCGAUGUGUCUACGCCUUUACGUUCUCGGUAUUUUCUAUUUACGAUAUUAUUUUACGGUGUUUUUUUUUCUUCUCACUACAUCACGUCGGUUUUUUUUCUCAUUCGCCGCCGCUCUCGUUAUUAUUAAAAUCUUUAUGUGUUUCGUAUAUUCGUCACCGCAAUCGCGCGAUACGAAAGGACGACGACGACGACGAUAGACCGCGAUUAUUCUACACAAGCGGGAAUUUUUUUUUUUUCAUUCCUCCGAGGUCACAUUUUUUUUUUUUUUUUUUUUACACAGUCUUUGUUCAUCGUCGUUUUUAUUUUUCGUCGUCCGCCUUAUCGUUCGUGUGGGUGCAGGUUAUCGUCGAGGCCGUCCCGAUACACACGCAUUUGCGUGCUGUGUGAUACGCGCGCUAAACCGACGUGACCCGGUCGCGCCUAUAACGUUUCGAUCACGUCGCCGCGACACACGCACGGUUUUCACCGUGCGACCCGGACCGAUUCGGGGCGACGGCCACGACGGGCUCUCCCGUACGUCGAAACGGCGUGACGUCACGGGAUUCACGCGAGACGAGGCCGUUUCUCGGGGGGGGNGGGGGGGGGGGGGGGGGUCACGAGGGGCGUGCGGGCUGUGCGCCGCCCUUAUACACUCGACAACGCGAAAACUGCGUACGACGAGCGUUUGCCGCGGUCCGACGAGAACGUUCGGCCCCGGGGGGGGGGGCCUCUAAACGCCUCGGCGGGCCCGGGCGCGUCGGCGCGCCGCGUUUCGCCGACGGUCGAAAUCGCGCCGCCGGUGUUAUUCGGUGUUCGUUCGGCUGCCGGUACGCAAUCGCGCGCGGGCCGUCGAUUGUCCGUCCGGGUUAACAGUGCCGGAUCGUCCGAAACGCACAGCGUCGUCGCGGCCGCGGUUCCGGCGAAAACGGCACGAGGAUUAUUUUUAAACGCAUCCGUGCCGUCGCCGCGGCCGUACCGAAUUCCCGGGCCCCGCAGAACAGAAAAAAAAAAACAAAAAAACAAUAAUAUUAUUGUUGUUGUUCGGGGGCCGACGAAACCGUUCGGCCGAAUCGCCAUCGUCGCGCCCGCGGGCUUGGCCGGGGUCCAAUCGACGGGUCUGUCGUCGGCGCCCCCUCCUCCCCCCCACCCCUACCACUCGGCGGGGCCCGCGCGAGAACCGCUCCGUCUCGCAGUCGUGUCGACGGAAAAACGAACGGAACGUACCGGACGAGCACACACGCUGACACUAUGUCGAGCGAUACGAUCUCCGUCAGAUAUCGCGUUGAUAUCUCGGUCGCUCGUAAGACGUAUUAAAUGUUGCGUGCAAUUGCGUAAUCGACCGAUAAGACGAGAUAAUAAACGGCGCGAUAACGUAUUUUGAAACAAUACGCGGAAACCCGCGCGGUGUUCGGGAAAGACGAGCCGUGUAUUCUUUGUCUCUCUCUCUGUAAAUACGAAAAACCGAGAUAAUAAUUGCACCUUAGAUAAUAUUAAAACGAUCGAAAUGCAAGUGUCGGUCAUCUAGACGACGCAAAACAAGACAAUAAAGAUGAUGAUGAUGAUAAUAAUAAUAAUAAUAAUAAUAAUAAAAAAAAACAGAAUGUAUUCAGAUUCAAACGGCGGUCGUAAUACAGUCAUGUGUUUGGCGCGUUCGUCCGAACCGCUUAUUUUUUUUUAUUAUUCAUUUUAUAGCGAUUACAAAACGUUAAGGAUUUACAGUAUUUAUCGUAAUGAAACGAUCGAAUUGAGGUUAACGUAUAAUUUCGGAUUCUGUUUUUCAACCACCCCCCACCCUCGGUCCAUCGCCCUUAUCCACAUAUACUAUUAUACACGCAGUAGUUUUCAUCAUAUUACUGACAAAACUCGACUGUUCCGCGCUGUAUUCGUGCGGUCACGAAAAAUACGGUUUAACGCAAUCAAACCGCGUGUUGUUCGCAAAGCCGACAAUCGCGACGGAAAACAAAAAGGGGAUCCCGGAUGAUUAUUAUUAUUAUUGUCUUUUUUUUUUUUCUCUAUAUCAAUUUGUGCUUCACCGGAUGCUGCACCGCGCACAGCGGUCCGGGUGUCGUAUAUUGCCGUAGCGCGUAUACGAAAACGAAUAUAAUACGCCGCGGGUCGUUUAUUGGACGGCGACCGCGCGACAGACGUUAAAAACACAUCAUCUCGCGUAAAAAAAAAAAAAAAUAAUGAAAACAAUAAUUUUUCUCGCUCGCCCCGGCCGCCGUGUCGUUUUACGCUUUCGAAACGACCGUUCAAGUUUGGGUCGGAAGAGAGCGGUGUCAACACGGCGCGUGCCGUACCGCCACACAAAUGGUACUCCGCUGCUCUCCACCAACCCAAACAUAAAAGUCCCCGCGAAAACGACCACGCGGAGCCUCGAUACUUUCCGAGCCGUUCCUGUUUAUAACGGAACACGGUGCCGACGGGGGCGCGGUGGGUUCUAUUUUUUGUACUGGGAAAUCACUGGGAAAACCGUAAACAUUCUCCGAGUACCGGUCUGCCUACCUACCUGUUUGCCCACCUGCGCGCGUGAGAAACCGCAAAGCUGUGCCGCAAAGGCGGUGUAAGGAAAUCGGAUUCGGAGAACGUGUACGGUGCGUAUCCGUGUAUGAAUCGAGGGCCCGACAUGAGCAGUGCCCGCCCGGAGAUUCGCGGCACCCCCGCGGGCCGGUGCGCGCCUGCGUAUUCGGUGUAUUCGUGACGUGAACGUAAAACGCGGAGUAAAACAACAGCCCGCCAAAAAUGUACUCGCUUCGUUUUUUAUUUUUUUCGCCGGACGCGAGUCGAAUACGUUCGACUGCGGCGACCGCAACGACAACGACAACAACAAUAAUAACGAUAACGUUCGUGACGAUACCGAAAACGACGCACGUCGCAAACGUUUUGAGCGAACCGAUCGGACGUCAUAUUAUCGUGUACGCGUGUGCGUGUACGCGGGGUACCGCGGCGGCUCGGGCGGAAAAACUCCGUACAGGUGAUACGGACAGCCCCUCACCCCUCCGCCACCCCACCAAACCGGGCGCGCGCCGCCGCCGUGCUGCGCGCAAUUAGUUUUAUGCGCUUUUGACGCUCGCACGCGCACGCACGCGCGGGCGCCGGCGCGCGAUUCCUUCUGUUACGCGCGACGUCUCGCUCGGCGAUCGCACACGUAUUAUUAUGAUAUAGGUACUCGCGCGUGUCAUAACAGUGACAUAAUUUGCCGUUUGAAACGCGCGUGACGUGCCGUCGCGGCCCUUCCCCUGCCCGCACCCCUGUCCGCCGCCCGUUGCCGCGGCGUUGUUCGCACAACGCGCAUCGCAUUCUCGGACCGCGUGCGCGCGUCGCAUUCAAUUACGCCCGCCUCCCCCCCCCCACCCGGUACGCGCGUAUAAUAGCUCGACGCGUGCGGAAAAAUGCCGCGAGCGGCGAACACGAAAACAAGAAAAAAAAAAAAGAAAAAAAACGGGGGGAAAAAAAUUCCGACUUUCCGUCCGAUUCGAUUUCGGGAUACGCCGGCGGCGGCGUCCGUUCGGAAAGUCUCGCGCGAAUUUCCCGGGCCGAAGGGCCCGGCGCCGGUUUGCUCUUUCGAUUCCGUACGGCGGCGGCGAAUCCUCGGAUGGGCGGGGGGCAGACGAGCGCGUAUCGUCGAGAUGACAUUACCGUGACAAUAUAACAACGGUGAUUGGCACCUAUUGUACUGAUAUUACGCGCCUCUCCAGGAGAUUAUCAUGAACAAAACCUCUCCCGAAAAAAAAAAUCCCGCGUGCCCCACUGUGUACCUAUUAGGCGUACGUUGAUAUAACAUUGACGCGCAUUCAGUCUGAAAUUCGGGUGAGCUAAAAUUAUUUACGAUACGGUAUCACGGGGUAGGAGUGGUUGCCCCUCACACCCGCAACACUGUUCAACAUUUCAAAAUAAAAUCGUAUAUUCCUUGCUCGGUAUAAAUAAACGCAAUUGAAAUAUUGAGAUCCGAUCAUCAAUAGUGAAUUGCCUAAUCAUUGCCCAAUAAUUAACCUGCAACAGGGGACGGACCGUACAUUCUUAAAAAUAUGCAAACAAUUCGCAUAAACUUAUAGUGUUAAAUACAGUGUUUGCUCAUCAACAAUAAUACACGGAUAUUAAGUCUAUCCGCCUUGAGUGUUGUGUUGAAAAUAAUCGGAUGUCUAAUCGGAAUAAACACGCGGAUAAUACCUAUUCACUAUUCUGCCGCCUUCCAUUCCAUAGUCGCGAAGAAAAAUAUUAUUACAAUUUUAUCUCUCGGAUUUUCGUACACGUAACGAAAUUAACUUUUGGAUUAUGAAAAUGCAUUACUGCAAAUUAUAGGUAGGUUUCCUUCAAUAAUUGUAAAGAUUAAAAAUCAACCGUACAAAAUCUAAAAAAAAAAAAAAAAUACUAGUAUUCUCAAUAAACUAUUGACGUGAAAUCACCGCCCCGGGCAACUGCGCCUACUUGCCUGACGUUAAAUCCAUCACCGCCGAAUUCAAUACACAACAGCGUAACAGCGUAUGACCACUCGUAUCCGAGUGCUGGAUUCGGGUGUUGCGUUGAAUUUAUUCAGCUCGGGAUCCGGGGGGCGCGCGCUGAGUACCUACCCCUCUUCCCGCCUACAACCCGGCACCGCCGUGCGCGCGCCGAUGCCCGUACGAUCACUCGAUUCACUCGGUUAUUAAAAAUCGAAAAUACAAAUAGGUUUUUUUUUUUUUUCUAUUCUUGUGGUUUUAGCGCGGACACCGCGCGGUAUCCGAAUUCGACCGGGGAAAAUCUCGAAAACACGCCGGCGGCGGCGCGCAUAAUACGCGCACUACUACGUGUCACAAUCGUAUUAUAUGCGCGUACACGGUUACACACUCGGUUUCAAUAAACACAAUUUUGAAACCACCCCGACGUGCACGCGCCCGCGUAGGUCCCGACGAUUUUUCGACGGUGACGGGGAGACGGUGGAUAAGGUGACGUUUGGGGUGGGGGGGAAGGCAGAGGGGGUGGAUGGGGUGAAUUCGCGUACGCGCGCAUAUAACCGCGCCGUUCGGCCAUUUAUAACUGUCCGGAACUCUCUUUUCAACGCGUGUAUAUAUACGCGCGCGCGUACUGCACUCGGGUCUGUACCCGCGCUCGCGGGUCGGCCUGUCACUCAAAUUGUUUUCACUUACCGCGUACAACAUUAUUGCCCCGUCGUCGUCGUCGCCGCCGCCGCCGCCGCCGCCGCGGCGCUCUUCCCCGGAACCGUUUUUUUUUUUUUCCCCCGAGUUUUUUUGUUUCCGCUGCCCCCCCCCCCCCCCCGCCCCACACCCCACCGCCGUUGCCGUUGCCGCCGCCGCCGCCAUUCCCGGCGCGCGGGGUAUUUCGCAGGUCGCGGUUUUCCAUUUCCGUCGGGUGUGCAUACGCUCGCACGUAUUCGCCACGUACGUAUUCGCACCGUACAUAGGUAGUUCGCCACGACGUGCGUACCGCGCCGCGCGGUUGCGGCGUGUGCACGCGGGGCGGGCGCGCACGUCGUCGUCGCCGACGUCGUCCGCGCGCCGGCGAAACAAAUUGCAGUGUUCCGGGGCCCCGGCGGAAAAAAUAUCGCCGCGCGCGCGUGUGCACACAUACAUACGUAAUAUGCGCGUACACGGGUAUAUUGCGCCGCCGGGGAAAAUUCCCGGGUUCUCUGCGGCGGUCCGCGCGGGCGAGUUUCGUUUAUGACGAGCGAAAAACGUCGACGGCGUUUAACAAGGUCCGCGAUGAAUAAUCGACCGUUUCCCGGCGAAAACGGAUCGCGCGCGGGCGUCCCGCCGGGACGGGUCGAUCGUACACUACUCUCUGCCCGUGACGGUAAACCCUCCCGGGUAUUUACGAAGAUUCCGUUUACGCGCACAAUUAAAUACGUUUUCGAAUAAAAGUCCGGCGCGAACGUGUUAACGAUUGUCGUGUGGUUUAAACCGAAACAAAAAAUAUGUAUAAAAAAAAAAAAACCGAUAUGGACAUACUUCGCCACUGGUGUAGGCGAAUUGUCGGGAAGGUAGGAUAUAGAGGAGAGUUUAACGCGUAUUACCGUACGCGACGGUUGAUCUUCGCUAACGAAAAAACGAUUCUGAACAGUGUUCGGUUGCGCAUGUUUUAAAAGGCCGUAACGCAUUGUUUACGAUUUGAAAAUAAUACGUUUCGUACAUUUUCCCGUUUUUCCCAUUUAUUGUGAAAACUUCCGGGAUAAUCAAAAAAUCAUCUUCCUGAAGUAUACCAUCCCAGUCCGGUUCCCUUUCAGAAAAAUCGCGGCACUUGACACUUCGGAGCAAGAUUUCUGGUGGAGUUUUCGUACGCAUCAUUUUAAAACCAUGCGAUAGCUGGUACAUUCCUCGCUCCGAUCAGAAUCUAAAAAACAAAACAAUUUUUAGAAAAAUUGAUUGGUCAGUCGUUAUUCCUUCCCGGAACCGAGGCCAUACGUUUUAAAGUUUUUCAUGUACAACCUCGCGUUUGACCGGGCUUAUUUUUUUCGCGUUUAUAAACCGGUAAAUUUACCGUUUUUUUUUUUUCCUUUUUUCUCGGUCUAUAGUAACAUGGCGACGACCGUCGACGGACGGUUGGCCGAGACCGAAAAGUCGCACAGUCAUCGCACCGAAAACAACGAGUCAUUCAAUGGGGACCGCUGUAGUUAAUACACUAUAUACGUGUUUGCUUUUUUUUUUUUCACUCGUAUUAAUUUGUGUAUAACGCGCACCUCGUAGCCGCAUUCGUGUCAUAGCCCGUUUCGUGUGCCGACAAAUGCUACGUAUAUGACGUACAAUACAUAAAAUAUGGCGUUCGCGGUACGUAAAAACGGCCCGAGUCCUCGUAGUUGCCGUUUCGAUUUUACUCGUUUUCAAAACGCGCAUUAUCAUAUUAUAAGAUAUUAUUAUUAUUAUUAUUAUAUACGACUCGCCGGUCUUUUCCACGCACUUCUGACACCGUCGUUGGUUCGCGGCUGUCAUUCGCGCUGCGGUAUAAGACGCGCUAAUUUCAUAUAUUAUUAUCGUAUAGACACGCGCGUCGUUAACGCCAACGUCGUGUUAUGACUGCGUCCAAAACUAAUUCAGUGUUCCGUACUCACCGCACGCACUGUACACAGCAAGGCCGAACGAAAUAUUAAACCCGUCCUCGUUUUUAUAGUUAGCUAGCAGUAGUACAAUAAUAUAAUAAUUCUUCGGUUCCGGGGCGGAGGGGCUCGUCUAGUCGAAAUUCGUAUAGUUUUCAAUGCCAGAAAAAAUUUAAUUUUUAAUUUUCAACGCACGCAUCGUUACAAUAACGGCUACGCGGCUAAUAGUUGUCAUUGGCCUAACCCGAACGCAGACGUUCUAAACCGUGCUCGAACCGCGUAAUUACACGCAUUUUUUUUCCAGAUGAAAAAUACAUCAUAUAAAGUGUACACCCAUACACACUUUGCCAUUUAGACCAACAAAUAAGCGGUCAAAAAUGCAUAAGACAAAAUGUACAGAAAAAAAAAUUCUAAAUAUUUACUUAAGGCGUAGGUAGUACUUAUACUUUCAGUGCGCGUUUUCCAACAAAAUUAAAAAAAACCCGACGACGAAUGACGUUAUCCACCGCGGUACUGGUUUUAUGGUGUCUACUGUGGGUUAUUUUUUUUUUUUUUUUUGGAUUAUCAUCUUUGCUGCUAUAAAAGAGAAUAAAAAGCGAUACAUUCCGUGUGACUUUACCCGUUCACCGAUCUCCGCCCGGAAUCGUUUUCGAUUGCAACCGUGUGUCGUCGCUUUCUUCGCACAGAAAACCGUAAAAAUCUGUCCUGUAUAAAUUUUCGACUUUUCACCAGCAACGUCGGUGGCAUACCCGUUAACGCGCGAAGUAUGUCGAACGCAAUAUUAUUCGAUUGCCCGACACUAAAUAAUCGAAGUAACUGGCAAAUAAAUUGAACACUCGUCCGGUGGUGUGCUAAUGUCAUUUCGUCGGUUUAUUGAUUCGCGUACAAGAAUCCGGUUUAUUUGUUUUUUUGUUUUUGUUUUUUUUUUAUUUUGUUUUUAUAAUAUUACUGAUUGUUCGCGAACCAUCCGAGAGCGCGCGGAAUAAUCAAAAACAAUAAAUUAUCACCAGUGUAUCACGAUCGCCGGCACCACAGUCGCGUCAACCAAUAAUUUUUAAAUCAAUCAUAUUCGCGUGUUGUUUUCUUUCCGUAUACGGAACUAUACGGCCGAUAUAAAUUAUACUCGAUUGUCACGAGUGAUGCGCGCACGCUAAAAUUGGCCCCUUGUUAAAAUAAUAUACGUAUACGAAAACGACCUUUUAAAAUCAUUGAAAUUUUGACCCCGUGAUUUUUCAAUUCUAUUGUUAAUAAUCGCGAUUUCGAUUCCGUCUGAAUAUAACACGCGCGCGGAAACCGUUAUUAAAGGAGUCGCGAUUUUUUCUUCUCUCGUAUACGCCGAAACUAUCGUCGCGAAAGAUUUUCUACGUGUUUUUUGUUGCGUUAAAAUCGACGGUUUUUCGUCCGGCAGCCGCCUACGCCGCCUGCUAUGUAAUCUGUAGGUGAUCGGAAUCGAUUGAAAAAAAAAAAAUAAUAAUAAUAAUACAAAUUGCCGUAGACGCGACGCGAAAGACCGCGUGUCCGUUUCUAUACGUGACGGAUAGAAAAAAAAACUUCAAUUACCAUUCGGGCGUGUCCGCGUGCCGACUUAUCCGCGAUCGAAAUCGUAUCAUUUCGAUUAUUAACACGCGCGUACGGCCACCGGAUCUUUGUGAAAACACUACGCGUACCCGCGAGACGAAAACUAAAAACAAAAAAAAAUAUACAAUCGAUUUUCCCGGUGUGUACGUACGGCUUUUCGCCGGCCGCGAAAACGGUUUCGUAUAUUUUUUUCCUUUAACCGACGUCGAACUACUCAAUAUCAUUACUAUUACGUACCUGCCGUUUUUCAUCUGCUGGCCGCGCUGCACCGGUGUAAACUUCUCGCCUACCAUCUCCGGCCACCGUCGGGACGUUAACGUGUAGCGAUUACGUCGAAUCCACGCGACGGCGUAGUGCGUGCAAUCUCGUCUACACCGGUGCAAUCGCACGACACCGUUUUCGACGACGUGACGGAGUCGGAUAUCGUACUAUUCGACAAGUAUAUUUCGUACGCCGUCCGUACAUUAUAGUUUGAUAAAACAACCGCUACGUAUACAAUAAAUUGACUGUACAUCGACAACGGCAACAUCUGCACAGUAAUCAUGUUCCAGUUAAAAAAUAUAAUUUCAAGUACAGCCCGUGCGGCCUGUUGGAAAAUGCUACGCACAGUACCUACUGCAGUGCGCUUCACUUGCGACGCGACAACGCGAAAUAAUAUUUCGAGCUGACGGAGUUGUUCGGUCAAAACGGGGAUUUUCGACGUUUGAGAAUUAUGAUACCGCAAUAAUCAAAAUCAAAAUCAGACCGAAACGUAUACAGCGUUUCGGUCUGAUUUUGAACAUUUUAACCAGCGUGCGAUGCAUUCGCGAUAAAACUUACGCGUUUUCCCCGCAGACGAAAAAAAAUUGCGCACCGGAAAGAAUAUUACAUCGGUUUUUCAUCAAGCCAAUGUUUUCUAAUUUGAAAGCCGUCCGGAGUAGUAGCCACCGUUCAAAGUGUAAUAAAUGAAAAAUACGAUUUAAAAAAAAAAAAAAAACCUAUAACGUUUUUUUAUUAUAAUAUAUGUAAUUCUGUACAGUAUCAUAUCUUUAUACUCGUGCUGUUUAAACGGCAGUAUAAUCAAAUUAUUCCGCUUUUAAAGUCUCUCCCCCUCCCCCCAACCGGACGGAAUAUCACGCGCGAAACUCGGAGGGUGCAUGUAUUGUUUACAUAAUGUGGAAACGUUUACAUAACGAAUCGUAUACUGAUAAUAGCACUUUAUAUUGUUACAAUCUGGAGCAUUUUUUCAAUUUUUUUUUUUUUUUCUAAGAGGUCAGUAUGUAUAUAAAGAGUAAAAUAUUAUUGAUAAGCCCGUUUUCUCGCACGUACGCGUUAUCUGGACGAAUAACGCGAGUAAUAAUAAUAAUAAUAAUAAUAUGUAUAUACCCUGUCGAAUUUAUUAUAAUUGCGGGCAAUCGUCGAUGACUGCGGACGAUAUCGCGUAUUACUGCAAUCGUCGUUGUAACUUAUGACCUAUACAUAAUAUUAUAUUGUCAUUACGGUCGGCCGUUCGAUGACUAAUGACCGGCGAAUAAAAAAAAAAAAAAAAACGUACCUAUAAAUAAUAAACCGUUUAAAACGGACGGAAAUAUGCGGUGCACGCGGGGCGAGAAAAAAAACGGUCUACGGUCUAAAAUAAACGACGCGACGGACAAUCCCCGGUUACGCGACAUGCGUCAACGGUUAAUUUGUCGGAUUGUUGUCGCCCGGAGGAGUCGUCGUCGGAACGUGUCUGUUCGCGAGUCGAAAAUUCGGUAUAGUUAUGACGGUUUUCACGAGAAACAAAAUAAAAAUUAAAAAUAAAUAAAUAAAAAGAUAAUCGUUAUAAUAAUAAUUAACGCUCGCCCACUCGACGACGUCAUUACGCGCCGGCGACGACGACCGACGACGACGGAGUCACCGCCGCCGGAUCUGUCACCGUUUUUGGACGUGCCGUCGUCGUCAUCGUCGACGUCUGUGACAACCGAAUCCUCCCGUCGGCGACGACGGCGACGACGACGACGUGUUCGGGAGCCGUGAAAAUGUAAAAACAAAAAAAAAAUAUCUCGCACGAUCGGUGCCCAAAAAUCGUCCGUCGAAAAUGCAUUACAAUAUAUGUAUAUGUGUGUGUAUUAUAUAGGUACUGUUGUACAUAUCUUUGUUUCGACGAUACAUAACGGCAUCGCGUGCCAUUCCCCCACCCCUCUCCCCCCCUGGAACACUGUACGGUUGACGCGUGGGAACAAAUGGAUUGGAUUCCAUAGCGAAUUAAUGACAAAGAGAGAGAGAUCCCGGGGGCGAACAUUAUUAUUAUUAGAGUUCAAGUCCGUCGUACAGGCACUAUUACGGGCCACAUGUAAGCUCCUACAAAAAUUACUUUUUUACCUGUAUUAUUUCUACCAGAGAGCUUACUCCGAUCAUCAAUUAUAGUACCUUUUCUGAAAGAAAAUGUUCUCUUGGUGGUACUUUAAAGAAGUAAUUUUUUAAAAUUCUCAUUAAUAUUCGAGAUAAUAAGGAUAACUUGGUUCUUUAGGUUAAAAAAGAUUGAAAGAUCUUGACAAGGUUGUCAUUGGCAACCGUUUUUAUUUAUUUUUUAUUAUUGUUAAGUUUUUAUUAUUUUAAUUUUUUUUAAACAAUCAUUGUUGCAAUCGUUUUACCAUAUUAUGGCAUUUAUAUAUAUAUAUAUAUUGUUGACGAAGCAACACUAACGACUGAACUCCGUUCUGAAACGUUUUUUCGUCAGCGAUGGUCUAUCGCGUUGCCUACAGGAUAUACAUUAAAUUCCCGUCUGUAUCCUAUCUUCCCAACUUCUCACCUAUACAACAGUGGCUGCACCCACGUGCGAAGUAUGUCCGUCCUUUUGUCAUUUUUUUCAUUUUUUUUUGUUUUGCCGAUUUCCGAACCGCGACGACGCCGGCCCGUUUGUACACGCGCGGAAAACGAAAAAGACAUGCCCGCGUCGUGUAAACGCACGAAAUUCGUCUCGCGGGGAACGCGUCUGCGCGCUAAUUCCGGCGACAAAACCCGUCGUCGCGCGUUUCAAUGCCGGGCCGGGGGAUUAAAAACCGUUUCCGACGGGUCACGUGCGCGCCGAAACCGAAAAUCACCGGAUACGACGUAGACGAGCGUACACACACGUGCUCGAUAAGAAUAAUGCGACGGUAAUACGAAUUAUAUUUAAAUAUUCGAGCCGAUACCCGCUUUUCGCCGGCGUAAAAUCGACGUCCGAUAUCCGCGAAAACCUCGAGCUUCAAUCGAAAUUAAUUCAAAACGCGAUAUUUUUAAACGUUUUUUUUUUUUUCAUACAUAUUCCAAAGACGUCACGGUGAAAGGAUAAGGUGAUGAUCGGGACCCGACUUAAGGCGUUCUAAAACAAACUCGACUAAAUGACGGGUGGGACGGAUAGGACGGCCUAUCGCGAUAAGCUUCCUGAAGAACUGUAUUUGGUUAGCAAUAUUCUUCGCCUAUCGUCAGGCAUCGCGGCCCUAUCGAGUAUUUCGCGCCUCGUGGCACGAUGCUUCAAUGUGCGCUUGGAAGUCCGAAUUCCGAUCAAAUAAAAUUCCCAGAUCGUUAACACCGGAUUACCUAGAACGGUAGGAACAGUACCGGAAAGAGAGACAUUCCGUGUACCCGUUCGUAUAUAGGAUCCGGCGAUUUCCUACACGAGAUUACGUGUAUUUAAUCGCCGAUUCGCGCGGAUGUACUCCCGUGAGACACGGUUCUCUCCAACAGCUUGUGCUAUAAUAAUUAUUUACGAAAAGUAUAACGCGCAGCCCGCACAUGCAUGCAAUAUUAUAAAACCAUAAUAUUAAUACACGCGUAGGUAUGGUAUCGUCGAACAAUUAACGAUACGAAGCGCACCUCGGUCGCCGUCGCGACUGUACAUUGUAGUAAGUACCUAUACCUGCGGCGUCUGUCACGAACAACGUCGCCGAGAGAGAAAAAAAAAAAAACGAGAAAGAAAAAAAAAUGCCCGUUAGACCGUUUAACAGAUUGUCUAAUUACGCGAGAACGACAGAUUUAUAACAGCCGCGGACCGCGAAGAAACGCUACGCGCGCGCCGCACGUCUUGUUCCGGCGAUUCCUUUAUGCGUUUACGUUUUACUCGCGUACAAAAACAAAGAAAAAAAAAAAACAACAAAACCCGUACGGAUAUUACACUACCGUAUACUACUUACAACCAUAAUGUAACGAGCGUAUUCCUAUCUGUAAUAAUAAAUACGCGCCGAGAGAUCUGUUUAGGCCAGUCAAUUUACGCCGUAUUGUUUGUAGUCCGCGUAUACAAUAAUACACGACUCGGCAUUGUAAUAUGACCCGUGUCGAGCGGUUUCGUAUGUAUACUUACGUACAUAAAUAAUGCGUAAUUUAUAAUAAUACGGUACCAGUCAAAAAAAAAAAAAAUCAAAAAAAAUUCCGCGCUUUAACUAAACGUUUUAUGAAUAGUAUAUUAUCGUCAAACGACGUCUCGUCAAAUAACGUCCUAUAAUAAUAAAAUUAUCAUAAUACGAUAUACUUAUAUUAUUAUCAAUACGGAUAUCGUCGUUAAUACCGCAACAAGCGCGUAACUAAACAUUUAAAAAAAAAAAAAAAUCGUUAUCGGUAUUCGUGCAUUGAGCGUUUCUGAAAAUCCGUUACUCUAUAAUAUUUUUCCGGUAGACUCGUGGUUUCAAUGUAAACCACGGAAACGAUAACGCCACUUAUACCGGUAAAAUAACACCGUAUCUUAUUAUUAGCCAAUUUUUAACGCGAAAUGUAUUGAAAACGAGAUUAAAUCGUUUAAAUAAAACAUUUUAAUUUUUACUCGUAGUAAACUCGCGUAAAGUUUACCCAACCUAGUCGAGAAACUAUUAUUAUUUAUCACCAAUACGCACUCUGCGUAUCGAUGGCGUGGUAUGGACCACGUCAAACCACAGAUAUCUGUAACCGUUAUUCAACAGUAAAACCUUUGGGAGCCGAGCCCCGGCUCAGUAUCGGGCAUAGUCGCAACUCGGGGGAUGCCAGUGUCUUUAGCAACCCCGAGUUAAAAAUUAGUACGCCAAAAAACAACCAAUUAGCUUUUUCAUAGAAACGGCUAAAUAUUUUCUCGUGUAUUUCAUAUAAUUAAUGAGCAGAGCCGGUGGAACAACCGGGUUUUUAUGAAGAGGAGUGUUACAUGUCUAUAAUUUAAGAAAAACACGUUCUUUAACACACUUAUGUUACUCAAACGCGGAUGUAGGGGUUGUCCAGACACCUAAAACGCCCCCCUAUUUGCGCCACUGAGCAGAACAAUGCAUGCGUGUGUAAGGAAAAAUAAUGUUAAAAUAGUUAUGGUAAAUUCGUAUUUAUUGUAAAAUUGUAAACGAAAGGUGUGGUUGAUCAUGGUAAGGGUCACGUAAAGGGGAUUGCGGGGGCACAGUCCCCCGUGGGUCUUUGAUACGCGUAUAACUUUAGCGCCCCCAAAAGUGCUGGUCUAGUGGCACCAAUGCUAAUGGGAGCUACUGCUCUGGAGCUUCGGCGCCUGUAGAUUCUUUAGUUCCGCAUAGUACGCCUGUUUUGUGUUUCGCCGCGGUUUCGACCAGAAAUACGAACCGGAUAUUUCGGAUGCGAUCCGAUUUACGCGAUUUACUCGGUCUAUACUAAUUGUAUGGGUUUUUUUUUUUCUGCGUCACAGGCACGGUGAACGCCAACGGCGAGACGAAACGACAGCGCACCUCGUACACCCGUUACCAGACGCUGGAGCUGGAGAAGGAGUUCCACUUCAACCGGUACCUGACCCGGCGACGGAGAAUCGAGAUAGCGCACGCGCUGUGCCUGACCGAGCGCCAGAUAAAGAUAUGGUUCCAGAACAGGCGGAUGAAGUGGAAAAAGGAACACAAGAUGGCCAGCAUGAACAUGGUACCGUACCACUAUCACAUGGCCGCCCAGCCAUACGGCACCCCGUACCCGUUCACGCACCUGACCACCUGAGAUUCGUAUUAUUAAUUUAACGGUUCCGUUAUUUAAGUGGCGUCGUCGUCGUCGUCGUCGUUCGCGACGAGACGGCGGCACCGCUUGUAACCGCGCGCGCAGUGACGUUCGUUCUUUAGCUAAAAAACCGUUAAAUUAAUAUAUAAUACGAAAAAAAACACAUUUUUUUUUUUUAAAAUCUGAUAAAUAAUUUAUGUAUAUAAUUAUUAUUGUAUUAUAAUUUAGGCGCAGACGUUUGUUUGUUUGUUUGUUUGUUUUUUUUUUUUUUUUUUUUUUUUUUUAUUAUUAUUAUUUUUAUCGAUUAUAUUGUUCGCGUAGAGACCCGCGAAUAUUGUAUGCGUGUACGUAAAUAUUACGCAAAAAAAAAUUAUUCGUUUUCGCGCGUAUAAAUAGAUGUAAAUAUAAAAUAAUAAUAUAGUACUGUAUAAAAAUAUUUACGCUUAAUACACGCAUAUACUAUAUGUAUUUUAUUAUUUAUUGCGAUUUUCGCUUGAAAUCGCUUGAAUAAAUAAUAUAUAUAUAUAUAUAUGUAUAAUAAUGUAUAUAAUGUAUAAUAGUAUUUUGUUUUCAUGUUAUACCUAUUGUUAGAAUACAUUCGGUACAGAAAAACUAAAAAAAAAAAAAAAAAAAAAAAAAAAAAA